GUUAUUUUUCCCUUUCUCAUAAAGGCACGGUUGGAGUCGAUUAGGCAUUUCGUGGGCAUAAAAAUCGAUCGUCAGUUCAUCACUGCAUUGGUGGAGAGAUGGCGAAAAGAGACACAUUGCUUCAACUUUCGCGAAGGAGAGUGCACGAUCAGUCUAAAGGACGUCGCCAUCCUAACCCAUCUGCCCGUCGACGGCAAAGCGGUGUGUGUGAGUGAUCAUGCGCCUUAG